AAAUUUCAGUUGGAGGAUGCAAUAUUGGACUUUGCUGAAGGAUUGAGAGUUAUUGGAGUGAGACCCAGUGAAAAGCUUGCACUUUUUGCUGAUAAUUCUUGUCGCUGGCUUGUAGCUGAUCAAGGUAUGAUGGCAUGUGGGGCAAUCAAUGUGGUAAGGGGUUCGAGGUCAUCAACUGAAGAACUGCUGCAAAUAUACAACCACUCUGAAAGUGUUGCACUAGCUGUGGACAAUCCUGAAAUGUGUAAUCGGAUAGCAAAGCUAUUUUCUUUGAAGAAUUCAAUGAGAUUUAUUAUUCUGCUUUGGGGAGAAAAAUCAGGCCUAGUCAGUGAAGGAGAAAAGGAGGUGCCUGUCUAUACUUUCAUGGAACUCAUACAUUUGGGACAAGAGAGUCGCAGAGUAUUGUUUGAUUCUCUUGAUAAUAGGAAGCAGUACAUGUAUGAAGCAAUCAAAUCUGAUGACAUUGCUACUCUUAUAUACACAAGUGGAACUACUGGAAAUCCAAAAGGUGUUAUGCUAACACAUUAGAAUCUUUUGCAUCAGAUAAGAAACUUAGGGGAUAUUGUACCUGCUGAAGUUGGGGAUAGAUUUCUAAGCAUGUUGCCCUCCUGGCAUGCAUAUGAAAGAGCUUCUGAAUAUUUUAUCUUCUCGUGCGGUGUUGAACAAGUAUACACAACUGUG